AACAGCGCGCACGUCAAAAAACUGCGGUGGGGCGCCGUCAGAAAAGCAACAUGGCGUCCGUUAGGUUAUCGCCGUAAGGUGUCUGCUCCGUAUCAUUCGGUUCUAUUGAUGCGAUAUAUUCGGAGCAUUUUGGCGGCCUGACGCGGAGUUCCGCGUCUUCGGGGAGGCUGCCGAGUGGCUCGUAGAGUAAAAAAAAACCCCUACCCCGAGACGACGAUUUUCGAAGGUUUAAGACGGUUCAAAAAACGGAAGAAAAAAACAAGUAAAAAAAAAUCGAACGAGAAGAGAGUAAAAAAAAGCUGUAAAGGUUUGAUAACGGGCGCGUAAACAGUGGCUUGUGGGUAUACAUACACACCCUGACGCGCGAGACGGGGUCCCACCGGGAGAAAUCAGUGUUUUUCACGGUGAUCUUUUUUCCUAUUUCCACGGUUCAUCUCUGCCGUUUACCUUCGCUCUUUUCCGAGCGAGACGUUUGCGGGUAAACGAGUGAGUGCGCGAGGGAAAAGAGAUAGAGUGAGACGGAGCGAAGAGUGAUAGAGGCAGAAAAUGUCUCAGUGAUCGCGCGUCGUUUCGCGAUUGUAUGUUUGCCAAAUUUCCUGGGCAAAGGACCUAGGUACGCGGAGGAAAACUUAUUAAAAUGCCGGCGAUCAGACAAGUGCUAUUAACCUUCCGAUAAAUUCAAGUGUUUUGCACCCAAUAUCUUGCGCUCUCUUUUCUUUUUUUUCUCUCUUUCUCCCUCUAUUCUUCCUAUCCUUUCUUUUCUUUCUCCUCGCCCCACUAUUGUCUCGCGUGUGCGUACACUCCGGGCGCCCUUUAAAUUCGUGCAAUCUUCAUCAUUUCCCCGAUGUUUCCCGUGUUUUUUAUUUUGUUUUUCCCAAGUGCUUGAUUUUAUAUACGUGUUUCGGCCCCUCAGUCUACGUGUUCGUAUGCCCCUGUGUCUAUGUGCGUGUGCGUGUGUGUUUCGUGUGCAAUCUCGGGAGGUGAACGUCCUAAGAAUUCAACGACGAUCGUAAUGGAUGAAGCGAGAAAAAAUACGUGCAAUUAUGAGCCUUGAGAAAUGAUCUUUUUUUCUAUUUCGAUUCUCGUUUCUAUUCGCAAUUUUUAUAAUACGUGAAUAUAAAACAUGGGUACCAAGAGAAGAGCUAUUUCGUUUGGUGGGUCCUCCACGAGAUUCUGACCCAACAAUUUCAUGCUUUUUACUGUGGUGUUUCAUUUCUCUGAUCGCGAAACAAGUGUCUCUUGUAUUUUUUUCAACGGUUUUUUGUCUUUUUUUUUUCUAUCGCAAUAAACACCUUUAUGAGAUUUUUUGACGACUCCAACCUGGGGAGAGGGACCAUUUGUUUUGUCCGAGAUUUUUGAACACGGCCAGGGUUAAGCCAUAUGCCGCCUGCCGGGCUAUCGGCUAAAGGCUUGUCUACCUUGAUGGACCACGGACAACCCGAUGCUCGUCAUCGGAGCGAGCGCUUUCUACUCUACCCGGAGAAUGGCUCCUCACACCCCCAAACUCCCAGUACAGCAGCCUCCUCCCCGAGAUAUCAAAAUCCUGCGAGAGGAAACAAUUAUUCCGCUAGUUACGCAUACUUAUACGGACGUACAUCUAGCAACAACAUGUCGGACAGCAGUGUAUCGGACACUCACAGCGGGGACACAGCGAGGACAGUGUCUCAGCAAACAAGUCCUUCGCAUGCGACACAUUCAUAUUCCCAUUCGAGGCAGGAUAGCAAUUCGACAAUAUUCACCGCCCUUUUCGAUUAUGUUGCUCAGGGUGAGGACGAGCUCUCUUUGCAAAGAGGAGAAACAGUGGAGGUUUUAUCCAAAGAUUCAAAGAUUUCGGGGGACGAGGGUUGGUGGACGGGAAAAAUACGGGGUAAGGUUGGAAUAUUUCCGGCGAAUUUUGUCGCCGAGGCGGAAAGCAUCGAUAGGGUAUCGUCGGUGAUCGACAAAGUACAACCAAUCGAAAUUGACUUUGAAGAGCUGCAAUUGGAGGAAGUUAUAGGCGUGGGAGGUUUCGGCAAAGUUUACAGAGGAUUUUGGCAAAAACACGAAGUGGCUGUAAAAGCAGCGCGUCAAGAUCCGGAUGAAGAGCCCAGUGUUAUUCUAGAGAACGUGAGGCAAGAAGCGAAACUCUUUUGGUUACUGAAACACGAGAAUAUUGUACAACUCGAAGGCGUUUGUUUAAAAAUGCCGAACAUGUGUUUGGUCAUGGAAUAUGCUCGAGGUGGAAGCCUCAACAGGGUCUUGAGCGGUCGUAAAAUACGGCCGGAUGUCCUCGUAGAUUGGGCUAUACAAAUUGCGCGUGGCAUGGAUUAUCUUCAUAAUAAAGCUCCUAUAAGUCUGAUUCACAGGGACUUGAAGAGUUCAAAUGUAUUACUCAGCGAGCCUAUAGAAAACGACGAUCUUCAGUACAAAACCCUCAAGAUAACGGACUUUGGUUUAGCCAGAGAAGUUUACAAAACUACGCGAAUGUCCGCUGCAGGAACGUAUGCUUGGAUGGCGCCGGAAGUCAUCAAGAAUAGUACAUUCAGUAAAGCGAGCGACGUAUGGAGCUACGGCGUGCUCCUUUGGGAGCUUUUAACCGGUGAGACGCCUUACAAGGGCAUCGAUGCUCUUGCAGUCGCUUACGGAGUUGCUGUGAACAAACUCACUCUGCCAAUUCCCACGACGUGUCCCCAGCCCUGGAGAUGUCUCAUGGAAGCUUGCUGGUCGUCCGACAGUCAUGGGAGACCGGGAUUCGCUGAAAUUCUCGUCGCCCUGGACGAGGUGAGAAGCGCAUUUGCAGCUACGCCUCACGAGUCUUUUCACACGAUGCAGGACGAUUGGAGAUUAGAAAUCGAGCAAGUUCUUCAUGGAUUGCGCAUGAAGGAAAAGGCAUGCCGUUCUCUUGAGGAGGAAUUGCGCUGUCGAGAAGAGGAAUUAACAAAGGCACAAGUGCAACAGAGACAAAACGAGGAGAUUCUAAGACAGAGGGAACAAGAAUUGGCCGCCCGUGAGAUCGAUCUGUUGGAGCGAGAGCUCACCGUAAUGAUAAUACAACAGCAGAAUACGCCUACGCCCAAUAAGAGGCGGGGAAAGUUCAAGAAGUCGAGACUCAAGCUCAACAAGAAAGAGCCUGGAAGUAACAUUAGCGCUCCAUCGGAUUUUCGUCACACAAUAACGGUACAGCACACGGCACUGGAUCGCGGGAAACCGCGCAAUCCUUCGAGGCCGAACAGUCCACCAGGUUCACCGAGUAUCCCACGACUUCGAGCGAUUGCCUUACCGGCGGACGGAGUAAAGGGUAAGACGUGGGGUCCGUCAACGCUGCAUCAGCGCGAACGGGGUGCGAUAAUCACGCAACCAGUGAAUCCGUCAUCGCCAGGUGGGAAGCGUUGGUCGCGUUCGGCGCCGGAUCUUGAAAAGACACCGUUACGUACAGCGUUGUUGGCGAACGCGCAGCGGUCUCCUCUUCUGCAGGAAAUAGGCCUUUCCGAGGAGAACAUCCACUCCACGCAAGAUUACGCGACUCUGCCAACGGAAAUAACGUCGGAAUGGAUGACGAUGGAGUAUCCUAUGAAACCGGGACUCACGGGGCCUUACAUAAUGCCGAUGCCUGUGCCAAUGCCAACUCUGUACAACGGCGAAGCUAAGAAACCAAAGUUAGGCAUAAUUGAGCUUCUUCUUUACAACAUUGCUUCGAUGUUGGCCGGAGUCGCAACUGGUUAUGACGUUCGAAUGUCAAACGUCUCACCGAUUCAUCCGAGACUCCAACCCAGGUCGGCCGAAGCUCCGGACGAACCUCCCCGAUGGUGGUUCCAGGCCGAAACUGGAUCUAAUCGGAAUUCUGGAUACCUCGGACCAGAAUACGAGUUCAGCUCCAGCAGCGGUUAUCCUCAUAAUACUUAUCACGGACCAGCGAGACAUUAUAGGCCAUUUUUGAGCACGAUGGGAGGAAUAGCGCCUGGUUUGCCUUCGAACGUGAUCAACGACAAGCCUCUGAGGUUUACGGACUCUCCACAACAUUAUGGUAGCAAUACAGGCUCGAAUGUCCCAACGCCGAGUCCAAGGAGAAAAAGUUCGAGUACGAGUAACGAGGAAGCGUACUCGCCGGAAACUGGCAGAAUCGAUCGGAUCGACAGGAUCGAAAGGGUACCCACUAUUUAUAUGGGGAAUGUCGCACCGUACCCUGAUUAUGGCCCACCGGUCUACGCUAUCGUGCCUCCUGAAUAUUACGGUAGACCUCCUGAAUCUGGAUAUUUCGUCAACGCCGAUUAUCACGAUCGAAUGCUCGAGUAUCCGGAUUUUUCGCACGCGUACGACAAUCCGAACAACGUGAACAGUCCGGCGCGUCCAACGCCUCGACUUCCGGGCUAUACGCAUCACCGUACCUCCUCGAACGUGUCGAACACGAGUACGUCGAGUCAGAGCAACGUAAAUCCUACAUUUAGAUUGGAGGACGAAUCGGAUUACGGUGUGUACUCGCCGAAUCACUAUUAUCAGCAGAGAUCAUCCAACUUCCCGACGAGUAUAGGGACCUAUAACAGCGGGAUGAUGAAUCACGAUUACGGUUCGCAAUAUUUGAGUCGACAGAAUUCGCACGAUUCGAAUCCGCCGAAUUCGUCGAGCGAGAGGCCGAGCAAUCUCGAAGUCGUUACGAGGUUACGCUCGAGUUUGAAGAGGUCGAAUUACACGUACAAUUCUCCGAACAAGACUACGAGUACGAGUAAAAAUAAUUCGGGCUCAGGAACGCCGACGAAUCCAACGCCACCGGACUCCCUCACGUCCGAAGACUCUAGUUACGUUUCGGCGAAAGACAGUCAAAUUUCUAUGGGACGAGUUCGAUUUUCCCCUGUCACUUUUGAUCGCGACAACAUUUCGAGAGAACACAGAGAAACGCUUCUCGAUAUCCCGGUUCAUGGACAGACACAAGAUGCGAACGUCGCCGUUCAGGCUACUCGGCGAACAUCGAGAAACCGGAAACCCAGCAUAACGGAAGUUGAACGCGAUUUCUUGUCAUAGCAUUGGCUCAUUUAAGAUAAACAAUUAUUAUUUCGCGUUUUCGUACGUACUUGAGGAGGGAAUACCUGACGGAAGAAAGGAGAAAACAACAAUAUAUGAGUAUCGAUGAAACGUUAUCCGGUGAUAGUCGCAACGGGCGAUUUCAAUCAAGCACUGCCUCUUACAGGACUUUCGUCCUGAUAUCUGUGUGUUAUUUAACAUGAGAGGAGAGACACCGACGUUUUUCUCAUUUCAUGGCUCACUGUACUUACAUUCCAAUUAUUGUAUCGAGGCGUCGCCGAUGAGCCUCGAUAAAAACGAUUCACAUUCCUCUGGGAAAAGGACCGUUGAUUCAUUGUCGAUGGUGGACAAAAUUUGGGAAUCGCACUCGAAGGAUCGUUCGAUCAGUUCCAACGCGGGCUUGAAUUUUCGUGAAAAAAAAUUCGCCCAAUUGCACAGUGCAGAUUUUCCGUCUUUGGCCAUCGCUGCAUUGGUUAUGUUUGCAACCCAACCACGUAAUUAUCGCAUUUACGUCGAGUUCGUUUUCUUUCUCGACAUCUAAAACCAAGAACGACAUUCCUAAAGAUUCCACAUUCGUUGAAAUUCUUAGCUUUUCUCAUUCCCUUCGACCUCUCGUAAAUCGACUCUCCAAUUUAAUGGAGACUCGAUUUUUUUUUGAUAACGUGAGACUGCUCGGAGCGAAUAAAUAAAAUAGGCUUAGAACAGAUUUUUUUAGCACUUGUAUGAAAAUUACAAUGGAAAAGUGUACAGUAGAGAUUUUCUUAAUAUUGUUGGAAUUAAGAUGAAAUAAUUGAAAGUGACAAAAAGAAUGUUUUUUGAGAGCUCGAAAUGUUUUUCUGUACAGUUGCGUACGCAUCGUGAUUAGUUUCUCUCGUUUUUCAUAUUUUUCACGUUCCGAAUAUUCAAGACGAGUCAAAAAAUACGAGGAUGAGCAUAUAAAAUCAUUUGUGUUUUGCACUUUUUCAAAUAAGAAACUCACUGUACGAAAUGAUAUUAUCAAUUGCACAUAAUCUUGAAAUCAUUUUUCAAAUUCCGACCAACAUUCUAAUGCGAGAAUAGUCAAAGAUCGCACGAAUGAUUCAAUGUGCUCAUCUUCGACCAAUCAAACGAAGAAAAGGAUGACAUUUUUUUUUGGAUAAAUCGCGAUUAGAAUUGUGAGAAAUAUGAUUCAAUUGAGAGAGACCCUAUUCGAGCUUUGUAUGACCCUGUUAUAUAACCCCUUGAUGUUGUACAUAUAUCGAAGACACACGAGGAAAAAAGAUUUACACAAACAGUUAGGACGUAAACUGAGCAGCAAUCCUUACAUUCCCUUCAAGCCCCAGCCCUAGUUUUUAAAUGAUAUACAUAUAUACAUGUAUGUAUGUACCUUGGGAGAAAACGGAUACCCCUGAAAAGAGAUGAAUCGCCUUAGGAACCCUCGGAGUUUUUUUUAUAACGAAUUUUUUUAAAUAACAUAGUUGCAAAUCAAAAAACAAAAAAUAGUCUCAACCAACGUGUGAAUGAUUAUUUAUCGACCGUUCACUCCGAUAGAAACCUCGAAUGGCUCUUUUCACACUCUUGUAAUCCUCCUAAACGACGAUCAUCAGUAUUUUUAGGAUACACCGGAAUGUACAUAGAAUUUUAUGAUUGCCAACGUUUAAACGCUCGAGCCUGGCGCGGAGGAUCGUUGUUCGAUGUUUCAUUUUGUUUUAACCUGUAAAAAUUCGAUUUUGUUUUCUUGUAGUUAGGGCUUGAGCCGAAAUUUUUUAACCAAAUUUUAGUUGGCACGAAACGAAAUAGGAGAGUUGGAGCAAAAUCGAUUUGGUACAAUUGAGCUUUUUUGUUCUAUCGUUGUUUUCAUUUAUACAACAGAGAAUUUUUUACUUCACACUUUUGUUUUAUUUGUGCUGUACAAAGAUCUUCUCUGCGGUGCUAUAGGAUCAAGUACUUAAAUUUUUAACUCAAGUCACGAUGAGAAAUGAGAGAAUCAUUGAAUAAGCUUCCACGAUUAUUGUUGGAGAUGAAUUUUUAUUUGCUUUUUUUUUGUUUUUUGGGUGGAAAUUCUCGAAAAAUAUUGAUCGUCGCGAAUCGAUGACGGAGCAACUAAAAAAAUUUAUAUUACAAUCAUAAUACUUGGCAGCUAACGACGUUAGAUUCUGUGUAAUGGCGUUAUUCCCUCGCCAAAAAGUGCUAGUCUAAGCUAUAUUUAUUUUUUUAUACCCCCACAGCUUGUCUGGCUUUAUGUUUCGUUAGUCAAUGACGAUUUUUUUUAAACGCUCGAACGAAUUGGAAUAAAAAACAAGAUUAACAAAUUAGUAAUAAAAAAAAAAAAAAAACACCAACUUUCGUAUAUUUUACGGAGUUUUUACAUGCAAUAUUGUAUUUAAACACGAAAAUCAUAAUCGUUUUUACACAUCACAGUCGAAAAAUUGGAUCACGUGUCAGAAAUGAUUGCUUCAAAGAUUCCAUUUAUUUUCUCAUCAUUUUUUCAGUAGACUAUCGUACCUUUUGUAAUGAACAAACACAAUUUCAAUGUUUUUUUUAUCUUAUUCAAAACGAAUCCACAAUAAUGCGUAACCGAGCAAGUGAAAUGUAAUUACGAAUGAUUAAACGAUAAAUACAAAAAGCAAAAAGUGUCUCGAUAUAGCGUUUAGAAUAUUCAUGGCGUGAUAGCUUUGCGAGAAGAAAAAACAUGUUGAAAAAGAAAAUAAAAAUCGGGCGUUGAACGGAAAAUCGGAAGAAAUUCUCGUUUGUUUCUUCUCUUUUCUUGAAAAUAUAAAUUGUAUUACCGAUUCGGAAUGUAAUUAGUCAGUAUUUUUUUUCAUCGUAAUGCAAAAACGUAGAGAAACAAUAAAUCGCAAUCGAAACAUUGCAAUUCUCCGUGCUCUUUUAGUAUCCACGGACGACGAAUUCGAUAUUUUUUCAUUUUGUCGCAAUUGAAGUCAUUAAAUUUGUAACUCGACUCAUUAGGCGUAAGAAGAUAAUUAUUAUUGUUAGGCUGCUGAAUGCAAUGUGUUGUACGUAAUAAAAGGAAAUAAGAAAAAUUGAUGAAGCUGGAUUGGCGCAGAGGUGGGCGGAAUAUCGAUUAAGAAUUCAAUUGAUUUUCAAACUCAUUUUAUUUAUUUAUAAACUAUCAUUCAACGUUUAACGUUAUGGAAUUAGAAAAAAAAUAAUUUCGAUAGUUUUUCGUAAAGAGUAUAGGCCGACAGAUUUUUAAUACGGAAGUAAAAACCCAGUGAAAAAGAUACGAAAAACCUCUCAAGACCAAAAAAACCGACGUACCCAUCUCUGUUCCAACUUAUUUUGUCGCAUUGUCUGUGAAAAUUAGAGGCACGCGUUUUUCUUUCAAGUGCGACAUUACGAGACUCAAUCAAAGAUAAGAAAGUGGCAUUAAGCAUCUUUUUUUUAAUUAUCAACAAUGUGUAUAACGAAAGUCUGAGAGUGAGUAAAUUUGUCGAUUAGUCAUGAGGACCGUGCGAGAAUUGCAAUAGAGGUCAAUUGUUUAUUCCUCUCUCUCUCUCUUAACUAACGAUAUUUUCUUCAUUUUUAUCUUUAUUAUUAUUAUUAUUAUUUUCCGUCCCCCGCAAAAAAAAUCACUUUUGUAAUAAUUCGAAAACGACAGCAUGAAAAGAUCGAGUGUUCGCGGAAGUAAACGAAAAUCUUACUGCGCUGUCUGACUUGCACUAAAAUAAAAUUCAUGUAUUUUUUCAAGUAUUGUACAUUAUACUAUAAAUAUUAAUUAUACAAAUUAUAAAUAGCUAUUGAAUUAUAUAUAUUAAAAAAAAAUAUAUAUAUAUAUAUAAAUAUAUAUAUAUACAUACAAUUAAUAUUAUUAUAAUGUUAAGAGCGUCACACGAUAUAAGUGAUUAUUAAUAAACAAUUUCGAAUAAUGA